AGCAGAAACAGCGGAGGCCCUUGAAGAAAAUUGUUGAAGCCUUAGUUCAUUUUCAGUUCGCUUCUCCGACAAACAAGGACACAAUGUUGUUCUCUGGAUCUUGUGCGUUUUUUCUUUUACUCUUAAAAUACCAGUUUAGCGUGUCUUUGGCGAAUGAACCAAUGUGCUCAAAAUUUGCUUAUGAUGAGCAACUUUUAGAGAAAAUGAUAAGGCAGGAAAUAAAAGUAGAAAUGAUGCAGAAUGAUAUUAAGAAAACCCAAGAAGCUGUUUCCAUUACGCUGGAGGAAAUUAAGAAAACUAGUGUAGAGGUGUCCAAAACACUGGAGUCCUUGCAGAACAAUGCCACGGAGGUGAUAAAAGGAAUCAUCCGCGACAAAGAAAUAAACGAAGAAAUACUGAGAAAAACAUUUGAAGAACAACGGAAUAAUUUCACAACUGAUAUGGAAGAAGGAAGGAAAAUGUUAAAAGAACUUUCAGAAAACAUGAAAAAGCCUUCCGUUGCAUUCUUUGCACACAAUGUGGUAGAUCGUAAGCUUGACAUGACAGACAAGACCAUCAUAUUUACCACAGCAACGACCAAUGAAGGGUCAGGAUAUGACACUUCCACUGGGAUCUUCACAACACCUGUCGGGGGAUUGUACCAAUUUAUUGUUAACUAUUGUACAUACAACAAGCAACAUUCACCUCUUGCGUUGGUACUAUCAGGAAACGUGAUUGCUCGGUCGUCAGAUUAUGAGGCAGACUACUAUACUUGCAGUUCCUUUUUUGCAGUUAUAAGAGUGAAAUCGUCAGAAAAGAUAUGGGUUAAAUGUUUGGCUGGCUAUUCCGGUCGUUCUUUAUAUAAAGACAGUUGGAUGAUGAACUCUUUCGCUGGAAUUCUUAUCAACAAAUAGAACAUUCAUAACCAACAUUCAUAUCACAUAGCAAAAUGUUUGAAUACAGUAUAACUUAACUGAAUUGACAAUUAAAAGGCUUGAAGUUAAUAUACAUGAUAAAGUUCUAAGCUUAUUGCUUAAUUAAAUAUCUUACAAUUUUUGGGUUUCGAGAAAGAUGGGUCAGCAAGAAUGGUCCUUGGUAUUUCCUGUGAAUCACUGUUUAUAAGUAACUCUAAAUAUAGUUUCGAACUUUCAAAACAAUACAAGGCUGAUGAAUUUAUCUUCAAUAUAUUUGAAUUAUACGUCUUGUUAUAAUGUAGAUUUGUAUUAUCAUAUAAAGAAUUUACAUUUACGCAUUUUUUUUUCAAUAUAGGUAACAUACAUUUGCUAAUUAGAAAAAAUGACAAUGAAAGUAAAAUUGUCUGACAUCAGUAUCUGUAAUAAUGGUUUAUUUCAUUAACUUUGCACAUCAGUAGUUAUGUUUAACACAAUAAUGAAUAAAAUAAUUUGUAACAUUUAAGCAUAGUUUUGAAAGGGUCAUUAAUUGAAAAAGGAAAUUGUAGUGUAAAUCAACAUUAUAUUUAAAGGUUGGUUAAAAAAAGAGUCACAUAAAAUCCAAGACGUUAACCAUGUAUAUGUUCUGUGAUAUUUAUUCGUUUGACUGACUAUUGAAUAUAUCUUCACAAAAUAUGGUGCAAUUUCAUGUACUUUCAAAGGCGGAACGGAUUUGUGACAUUUGUGUUGAAUUAGUGUUUUUGUGUUCACAUGCUUUUGUAUAAUAUAUCACAAUAAAAUGUAUAAGAUUUUCUCGCAAACGUU